UUUAUAUUGUUUUUGUUUCGGUUUUCUGUUAUUGUCGGCUGCUAAUUUUUUUUCAAUAGACAAUUUAAUCACACAAGAUGUCAAACAAGGAACAAAUCACGAGAAUGCCCUCUGGCAAUAUGCAGUCUCAACAGCAGCAAUCCCAACAAUCUCCUCAACAACACAUGUCUCAACAACAACAAUCACAGCAGCAAAAUUAUCCACAAGACAAUUUGCACAUGCUUCAAAAAGCUAUAAAUUCGAUGGAGGAAAAAGGCAUGCAAGAAGAUCCCAGAUAUGCUCAAUUAAUGGCGAUGGCGAAUUCAAGAAAAACUGUUCCAAGUCCAGGAGCACCAAGUGGUGGCGGUCACAGUCCUGGUGUUGGCCCACAUCCUGGAUCUGGCGUCCCUAGUCCAAGUAUGGGCCCUCCACCUCCCCCUCAACAAAUGGGACCUGGAUCUCAUGGGAUGAAUCCAACUCAGAUGCAACAACCACAGCAGCAAUCUCAGCUAUCGCCCUCCCCCCAUUCAUCAAUUGGAAAUGCACCACCCCCACCUCAAAAUCAAAUGCAACCAAACCAAAAUUAUCAAAUGCCUAAUCAGCAUAUGGCACCUCCUCCUUCACCUUCGAAUUCAAAUAUGAAUUACAUGCCACAAUCUCAAAACAAUAUGAUGAACUCCUCUCAUAUGUCUCCUCAAUCUCACGCAAGUGGUCAACAGCAGCAAAAUCAAAACUAUCCCCUAUCCUCAAAUUACCAUCAAGGACCACAUUCUACCCCCGGGAAUCCAGGUCACAUGUCUCAAAAUCCCAACAAUAUUCCCCAGAAUAUGGAAACGAAUGAACAGCAGCCUCCUCAUCAUCCUCAUUCAGGAUAUGGUCAGAAUCCUAUAAAUGGUAGCCAAGGAUCUCCUCAUCCAGAUGGUAAUUCAAAUAUAUCCCCUGUGUGCAAUCAAAUGCCUAAUCAAGGUCCUGGAGGCAAUCAAAAACCUUCAUUGUUAACAUCUGCCCAAAUUGCUCAACUUCGAGCUCAGAUAAUGGCUUAUAGAUUGCUAUCACGAAAUCAACCCGUUCCAGAGAGUGUUAUUAUGGCUAUUCAAUGUAAAAGACCUAUUCAAAAUCAGCCAGUAUAUUCUCAGAGGCCACCUGGACCCCCAUCUCCCGGACAACCAAUGCGUGGACCGGGUCCACAAUCACAGGCACCUCCUCCUCAAAAUAUGAAUAGUAGUAUGAUGCAACCAAUGCCUCAGUCACAACCAAUCCAUCCCCACAUGCCACCACAACCUACAAUGCCACCUCCCCAACCACAACCAACUACUCCUUCACAGGUUCCACCACCACACCAACCUAUGGGAAAUACUCCUCAACCUACUCCCCCUUCAAACCUUCAAGGACCUCAAAAUCGGCCUCAAGGUCCUACAAACAAUCAAAACGUACCUAUUCCUGCUAUGAUGCAUAUGCAACAACAAAAGCAAAAUAGAAUCACUCCAGUUGCAAAACCACAAGGCAUUGAUCCUAUAGAAAUAUUGAAGGAGAGGGAAAACAGAUUGGCCGCUCGAAUUGCCCUCCGUAUUCAAGAAUUGUCUUCUUUACCUGGUGAUCUAUCUGAAGACAUCCGCACAAAAGCGAUGAGUGAACUUAUUGGUCUUCGUCUUUUGAAUUUUCAGCGUCAACUGCGUGCUGAAGUCGUCAGCUGCAUGAGACGAGAAACAACAUUAGAGACUGCUUUAUACCCCAAACUGUACAAACGCACCAAGCGCCAGGGACUGCGAGAAGCGAGAAUUACAGAAAAACUUGAAAAGCAACAAAAGCUGGAACAAGAACGUAAGCGUCGCCAGAAACAUCAAGAGUAUUUGAAUGCUGUUUUGCAGCACGCGAAAGACUUCAAAGAAUAUCAUCGUAACACCAUGGGAAAAAUCGGAAAAGUGAACAAAGCAAUCAUUACUUACCACGCGAACACUGAGCGAGAACAGAAAAAAGAACAGGAAAGAAUUGACAAGGAACGUAUGAAACGUUUAAUGGCUGAAGAUGAAGAAGGAUAUCGAAAAUUGAUUGAUCAGAAGAAAGAUAAACGGCUCGCAUUCUUACUGUCACAAACUGAUGAAUACAUUCAUAACUUAACGGACAUGGUUAAACAGCACAAACUGGAACAAAAAAGAAAACUUAAAGAAAAAAGAAAGGCCAAGAAGAAAAAAAAGAAGAAACAGCAACAGGGUGAAAACAGUGAAGGUAAUGAUUCCCUUCAAGAAGGUCUGAUCGAUGAAUCUUCCCAGCAAAGCGAUUUGAGAGUAAAUGUAAUUGAAACAGCUACCGGAAAGACGUUAACUGGAGUAAAUGCACCACUUGCUAGUCAACUUGAAGCGUGGUUGGAAAUGCAUCCCGGAUAUGAGGUAGCACCACGUGAAGCAAGCGAUGAUGACGAUGAAUGUGAUGAAGACACUACAGAUUCCGAAGAGGAGGAAGAGCAACCUAAGCCACAUAAACCAGCUCCAGAAAGAACUGGAGAAGAAGCUAAAGAUGCUUUGAAUUCCGCCACUGCCGAAGACGAUGAAUAUAUGAAUAUGGGUGGUUACCAAAAUUAUUACAACAUAGCCCAUGCAAUAAGUGAAGAAGUAAAAGAACAAGCGUCAGUUAUGGUGAAUGGAAAGUUAAAAGAAUAUCAGGUCAAAGGAUUAGAGUGGCUUGUUUCUCUAUAUAAUAAUAAUUUGAAUGGGAUCUUAGCAGAUGAAAUGGGUUUGGGUAAAACCAUUCAAACUAUAGGACUCAUAACUUACUUAAUUGAAAAGAAAAGAGUACAUGGACCGUACUUAAUAAUCGUUCCCUUAUCCACUCUUUCUAAUUGGAUGCUUGAAUUUGAUCGCUGGGCACCAUCUGUUAUUAAGUAUGCUUACAAAGGAUCACCCAACAUCAGGCGCCAAAUUGCUUCAAGCUUAAAAGCUACUAAAUUUAAUGUCGUUUUGACAACUUAUGAAUAUGUCAUUAAAGACAAAGCUAUACUAGCUAAAGUGCGAUGGAAAUAUAUGAUCAUUGAUGAAGGACACAGGAUGAAAAAUCAGCAUUGCAAAUUAACACAAAUUUUAAAUACGCAUUAUACUGCUCCUCAUCGACUGUUACUUACUGGUACUCCCCUACAGAACAAACUACCUGAACUGUGGGCCCUUUUGAACUUUUUACUGCCCAGCAUAUUUAAAUGCUGUAAUACUUUCGAGCAGUGGUUUAAUGCACCCUUUGCUACAACAGGUGAAAAAGUAGAGCUAAAUGAAGAAGAAACCAUUUUAAUAAUUCGGCGUUUACAUAAGGUAUUGCGACCGUUUUUAUUGAGGCGCUUGAAAAAAGAGGUAGAAUCCCAACUACCAGAAAAAGUUGAAUAUGUUGUAAAGUGUGACAUGUCCGCACUUCAACGUUUGCUUUAUAGACACAUGCAAACAAAAGGUGUGUUGCUGACUGAUGGUUCAGAAAAAGAUAAGAAGGGAAAAGGCGGUGCUCGAACAUUGAUGAAUUCCAUAAUGCAACUGCGAAAAAUUUGCAACCAUCCUUUUAUGUUCCAAAAUAUUGAAGAAGCGUAUGCGGAACACUUGGGGCUUAAUACUACUGUUGUUCAAGGUCCAAACUUGUACAGAGCUUCUGGGAAGUUUGAAUUGCUUGAUCGCAUUUUGCCAAAACUUCAAAAAACUGGUCAUCGUAUCUUACUGUUUUGUCAAAUGACAACAUUGAUGACUAUCAUGGAAGAUUACUUAAAUUAUAGAGCAUAUCCUUAUCUGAGACUGGAUGGUACAACUAAAGCAGAGGACAGAGGCCAUCUAUUAGAAUUAUUCAACGGUCCCGACUCCCCAUAUUUUUUGUUUUUGCUAAGUACCCGUGCUGGUGGCUUAGGUCUGAAUUUACAAGCUGCUGAUACAGUCGUUAUAUUCGAUUCCGAUUGGAAUCCCCAUCAAGAUCUUCAAGCUCAAGAUCGAGCUCAUCGUAUUGGACAGCAGAACGAAGUUCGAGUUUUAAGAUUGGUUUCUGUAAACUCGGUAGAAGAACGGAUACUAGCUGCUGCAAAAUAUAAACUAAAUUUAGAUGAAAAAGUCAUACAAGCUGGGAUGUUCGAUCAAAAAUCUACCGGCACUGAUCGUCAUAAUUUCUUGCAAGCAAUUUUGGCGCAAGAUGAAGUUGACGAGGAAGAAGAGAAUGAAGUGCCUGAUGAUGAAACUAUUAAUCAAAUGAUUGCGAGAAACGAAGACGAAUUCGAAUUAUUUCAAAAGAUGGAUUUGGAUCGCAGGCGUGAAGAAGCUAGAAAUCCGAAGCGCAAACCACGCCUGAUGGAAGAGGAUGAACUACCCCCGUGGCUAAUUAAAGAUGACGCGGAAGUGGAAAGGCUUACAAACGAAGAAGAGGAGGACAAGAUAUUCGGAAGAGGCUCGCGACAAAGGAAGGAAGUUGAUUAUUCAGAUUCUCUAACUGAUAAGCAGUGGCUUAAAGCUAUUGAAGAUGGUAAUCUGGAUGAAUUGGAAACCACCAGAAGAAGGCGUUGUGCUCCUGGGACUUCGGGAAAGAAAAGAAAGAAGGAGAAAGAAAUAGAUCCUGAUGCAGAACCUGAAAAGAAAAAAAGAAGGGGUAGACCUCCAAUGGAAAAAAUGCAACCAAAUCCACCACGACUCACUGUUCAAAUGAGAAAGCUUCUAGACAUCGUUAUCCAUUAUAAAGAUAGUGAUGAUAGAGUAUUGAGCAAGGCUUUUAUGCAAUUGCCUUCAAAACGAGAACUCCCGGAUUAUUAUGAUGUCAUUAAGAAGCCCGUGGAUCUUCAAAAAAUAAAAAAUCGCAUUAAAGAUCACAGAUAUCGUUCUUUAGAUGAUUUGGAGACCGAUUUCAUGCUGUUGUGCAAAAACGCACAAACGUAUAAUGUAGAAGGAUCAAUGAUAUACGAAGAUUCACUCGUUUUACAGUCAGUGUUUACCAAUGCCAGAGAGAGGCUAGAAAGGGACGGUGACUUAUCCUUUACUGGUGGUGAUUAUGAUGGAGAUAGUGAUGCGUAUGAUGAACCUGAAGAAAAAACACGAAAAAGAAAACCAAGGCAGACCAGACGUUUUGUUAGUGAUGAUGACAACUCUGAGAGUGAUACUUAAAAUGAAUGAUAAAUAAAAUUUGAACAGUUGAGAGAUUUAAUUGGAUUGUGAUUUAUCAAGGAGUUGAAAAUUUUACUAGUGGAAAAUUUAUUUCAAAGAAAUUAUAUUUACUUUUGCGAAGUUGUUGUUAUUGUAUUGCUAUUUACUCUAUGCAUUUAUGUUUUAUAGAUUUGAGCCGCCAAAAAUUUUUAGUUGUUAUUGUUGAUGUUAUUAGAUGAUUAUAUUAGAUUCCUCACAUAUGAAGUAUAAUUUCAUUGAAGGGUUAAAAAUGUUUUUAAGUGACUAUUCUUGAGGAAGUUUGUGACACAUUUUUUAGCUAUAGCUUACUGCAUCAUGUUUUAGAAGUUGUGCAUUUCUUUCCUAUAGAAAUUCUCUUAUUCGAUGCUAGUCAUUUAAUUUUUCUUAGAAAUUAACUAUCAUAAGAACAUAUUUUUGUUAUGCUUACUUUUUUCAUUGCUUUUAUAACGAAACUCCACUCUCAUCCAAAAUGUAAACGUUAUUGUCGUAGUGUUAGUAAAUGUUUUGUCUACCAUUUAAUUGGGAGCGCGAGUCGAGACGUGCGAUAAUAACACUAAAUCGUGGGAGCCAGAUUAAUAAGACUUUUCUAUUCUUAGAAAUAGGCGUCCUUAAACAUUUAUUUUAAACAAAUAUUUUUAACUAAAGCACAUAAUUAGAUUAGAGGUAUGUAAUUUUCUACACGUGACCCGCCAUGUUUAUGUUAUCUUUUGUUUUAAAACAAUGCAGUUGAAAGCUGGCAAUUGGAUACCUGCCAGUGACGUCAUCGUAGUGAAAUUGUAGCAUUUGUCGAUUCAGAAGUCAAUGAGGUUCGACUCUUACGCGUGACGUCGCUUACGGGUAUCCAAUUAAAUCUGGUUUAAAUUAUAUGGGUAAAUAUAAUUACUUCAAUUGGGUACUUGCAACUGACAUUUUAGGGACGUUACGUGUGCUUGUCUAGCCUGAUUGGCUUCUGAAUCGACAAAUGCCACGAUUUAUCUACGAUGACGUCACUUGCAGGUAUCCAAUUCUGAAUAAAAGUUUUUUCAUGCAUUUUGAUGACAUUUUUAUUUAUUUGUUUUGGGUAUUAUAAUUCAUGAACUAGUAACUUCCGUACACAAACAUGCGGCUGACGUGUUGGAAAAGAUGCAUGUGGCUUGCUGCCACAGACGCUCCCUCAAUUUGGAAUCGCGAUCGAAUUGCGGAACCCAUUGAAUGGAACAAUGUUAUUGCGAAUUAUAUAAUGGAAUGAUAUAUAUAUAAAAUUCAAAUUUGUUUUCUCACAUGUUUUGAAGCAAUAGGUGAAUAGAAGAUACAUUCUUAAAUUAAACAUUAACAUUUUCUCGUGUCAUGGCUGUAUAAUUUUUUAUUCUACAAUUUGUUUACAUGACAAGUAUAAUGGUUCCAACGUUUACCAUUUUAUAAUUUUUUAUUCUACAAUUUAUUUACAUGACAAGUAUAAUGCUUCCAACGUUUACCAUUUUUUAAUUUUAUAAAAAAUUAAUUAUUCAUUUUUGUGGGUAUAUUUCUUUAUAUCGACUGGAUGCAGCAGAAAAAAAAGGAACUUCUAGCCUGAAAUAAAUUAGUUCUUAACUCAGAAUCAAAAAUUAACCUCACAUAGCUAACCUGACGACAUCGGAAACUCUAAUUAUUGAUGUCUAUUUUACUUGGGAUAUUUUUUUAAUUUGUGAAUUUUACAGGUUGAUGACAUUAUUUGAAACUAUUAGACAUAUUCAGACAAUUUUUUUAAGAAUAAAAAAUUUAUUAUAUUUCAUUUGUUUUCUUUCUACUAUUUGAUAAAAUUCUUUUGAUUUUCUGAAGUUUUAGCCCGCAACACACCUGUGUUAAACUGUCCCAUAGACGUUUAUCGUUUUGUUAUCGUCGUCCCAUGAUGUUUUGUAACGCUGCCUCUCGCUGUUGUUAACUGUAUGAAAUCUUUUAAUAAAAAUUUUAAGUCUAUCUGAAUUUUUCUGCCGCCUCCCGCUGAUACCACUGCAUUUUGUACCUAUUUAAAUUAAAUAACUUUGUAUAUUUUACUGUACUCCUAAUGAACUUUGAUAUACUGCUGUUGUAAAAUCUAAUUUUUUUCAUGGCAAUAAAACUAGAGCUCCGUUGUCUUGGAAACAGUAAAAAAACUAUGAUCACGUACAUGAUCAGCAUUACUUCUAGAGUAGUAAUUCUUAUUUUGCUUGCGAUUAUCAAAUCGCGCUAUGAUGUUGUAGUUCUAAGUUCUUACUUAUUAUUUUACAUAUGUGCAUGUUAUAUGUAAAAAGAAAUAUUAUCAUUAACCCUUCCAUAGAAGUAUCAUUACUUGUAGAACUUUCAAGUAGCAUUUAUAUCUUAUUUAGUUUUAUUUAUACUUUUGUUGAGUAUUUUAUAUUUUUACAUUGUUGUAAUUAUGUAGGAAAUAAUUAUUUUUUACCUUUAGCAAUCGAAUGUUAGUAGAGCUUACCCGUUGCUGUUUUACAUAUAACAUAUCUACAUUGUAUAACAUGUUUGUUUGUCUUUAUUUUGUUGCACAAAAUCAAAAUGAAUUUAUUGAGAAAUUAUAUUUCUGUUAUUGUUUA